AUGGAGGACCAACUUCUCUCUCCUGGUAGUCAGAGCACCCAGUGGAACCACUCUUCGGGCCAUGUCAAGGGCCAACCAAAGGUUGCCCAAGAAGUGGUUCCCGAAGAAAGCCCGCCACCUUCACUGUCGUCCAUCUUUGAGACUGCGUUCAGUGCCACCGUGACACAGUCAUCGGCAGAAUCGCUUAAUGAUAUGGCACUUGAUGUUCCCGAGAUGCCCAUUGAAAGUGGCUCUCCCCUCUUUGCCUCUGCCGACGAAGAUGCCGACAGUGCAUCCGGUCGGCUAGACCACGGAAGUGUCCGUGGCAGCCGCUGUAACUAUCGCCGUGCAACGCCACCGGCAGUUCCCCCGUACUCUCUACUCUCCUCCUCCUCCGUUCUCCCCCUUUGCUACACCAAACCCCACUCGCUCCUCUCCCUGAGCGACCUGCGUAUGGACGUGCGGCUUGCCCCGAGAAGUGGUAGUGCGACAGCUUUUUUGUCCGCCACCAACGUCGCCCCUUCUAGUCGGGACUGGCAUCCGGGCAACAUCGUCCCACCAGACAUCGUCUCGACAAGUGUCUACUCUUCGAGCGUGGUACCGCCGAACGUUGCCCCGUCGCAUCUUGCGUCGGCGGGAGGCCUCGAGAGUGCCGAAGCACGCCACCGCAAGCGCCUGCUCAGCGAUGGCGAGAGCAGCCACUGCAAGAAAGAGAAGCCGUGCAAGAUGUACCCGCACAGUCCCUUGCCCGCUUCCUCUUCUUCACGCCAGAACGUGGACGAUCGUUGGCGCAGCCCUGACAGCGAAGAAGGUGCGUCCGGCGGCAGGCACGAAGAGAGGCGUGGCACUGAACAAAGCAGCAGCCGCACGACGCUGUCGUCCAGUGUUGAAGGGACAGCUGAGGCCUGUGAGCAGGGCGGAGCUUACGGAAGGGUUGCGAAGACAUCGUCCGAAAGUGACAGCGACGCAGAUGUCAUUGUCACCCCACCAAGGCCUCAUUCCACUCCUCAUUCCAGGCCAACGUCCCAGGAUACUUGCAGCCAAGAUCACAGCUGUUCGGAAAAUCGUCCUACUAGGGAGAAUCGUAGCCACCAUUGGGGGUCAGUGAGAACUCGGCCAAGUAAGCCAAAUAAUGGCAAGGGCAUAUCCAACGCGCACCUCAUGCAGGACGGCGCUGCCACGGAACACGAUCCGUCGGAUGAAACGCCAACAUCUCCGCCUGUUUCCCCGGCUGCCUCGGACGACGUCGGCGAUAGGCAGUGCAUAAGAAAAGACGCAACUUUUUUGACAAGCGCUGAUCGUGCGCAACAGCAGAAAAUGAGUGCUGAUAAGAUCAGCAGCUUAUCGGCAACUUCAGCCAGCGAGCGCAAGCUGCCAGUGCUCGCGGCAGCGCGCAAGGGAAUGGAAGAAGCCUCCACACGUAUCCUCAAAGAACUUCAGCUAGAGCAAAACUCCAUGAGCGAGCGACGGGCAGAAGAGAAGGAUUCUCGUCGGAUCACGAGUGCCGAGCGUACAUCACGGGGUGCUGAGGGAGGCCCACCUGAGGCGGAGCAGCCUAACCUGGACUGUCUCUGGCCUUCGGCUCCGGACCUCCAGCUAGAUUGCCUUAUCAGUGAUGAUGAUGAUGACAGCAGCAGCGUGGAGCUCGUCAGUGUGGAGCUUCCCAGAUCUGCUUCUCUCUACGUGGAGACUCCUCCUUUCUCAUCGCGUGCUGGCCAUGCUGCGGCUACGAUGCAGGAGCAGUGCUUCGGGCGGAUGCACAGGGGCCCGCCUUCAUGCUCGCUGCCGCAAUCGCCGAGUAUCCGGCUACACAUGAGCCACAUGCACGGCUACCCUGCUCAGUCGUACGGGGUGGCCCCUCAACCUCCCACUUCUUCCAGCCUGGUGUCCGGCUUUGCCAGCGGCCGGUUCCACGGGAACGCCGCUCCUGCAGAGCCAUUGCACCAACACGUCCACUGCAAUGUGGAAAUUGGAGACUCCUGCGCAUGCACCAUGGGUACUGGACCACCCGGUGCUGAGCCUUGCAGAACCUAUGCAAGCUGUAUUAGCUAUGGGGAGCCAUACAACAUGGUGCUGGGUCACACUCAUGUUUACCCAGCAUUGACAAGCUUUCACGUCACCUACCUGGCUCCGCCAAAUCCUCCUCCUCCCCCGCCCCUGAAUUCGAGCCCUGGCCUGAACAUGGGGUUGGGACAGCCAAGCUCACCGUACCAGGCGUUCUUCACCGUGCCGUCUGCACACUUCGAGAUUGCGCCUUUCUCGGCUGCCGUAUUUGUUCGCAUGAACCCAUCUCACACCAGGCUCUGGCAUGUCGGAGUCAACGACACGCUGCCAAAAAUCGCCACCGGAGUGGUCCUGUUGGGCAUCUUCAGGCUCGGCAUCAGGCUCGACGUCAACGAAGUCGGCCUUGCGAAAACAGUUUCAUCUGACCGCCGCCGUGGUCAUUUGCUUCGCAGCUACUGGGGACUGAGGGCCACUCCGCAGAGAAUGCAAGAGAUGCAGAGGCGGUGCAUGUACCAGCACUCCCUGUACAUGCAAAGGCAGCAAGAGGCGUUGGCCCUGCAGCGCAUGAUGGAAUCCCAGCGAGCAGCUGCGGGGCUUGCAGCAGGUUCUGCUGUCGCCAGUUGCCGCAGCCAGCAGCUGCCGCCGUACCUCCUUCACCAACUGAGGGACUGCCUUCGCCAGCGGGACUGGAUGGGGUCUUCGUGUGCGCAGAACAAGGGGCCUCCGGUGCCCUCUUGGCACAGGGCACGAGGGACGCAGCAGCAGCACCUACCAGCUGGCCUCGAUGGCAGUGGCCGGGGAGUGGGAUCCUCUUUGUCUAGCGGAGAAUGGUGGCGGAUGCCAGGCAGCUGCGCGACCCCACCCCUGGGCAUCCAGGUGGCUAGAGAGGCAGUUGUGCUGGACCCCAACGUUCAGGCCGAAGUGGUCAUCCCAUCACCCACUGGGCAAGUGGGGGCCUACGCCCACCUGCAUCACCACAUUCACCAGCACCACUACCAUUACGCACCAACGCCUCCGCAGUUGCACUCCUUCACGCCCUUGACGUUGGCCCUGCCCCAAACUGUUACGAUACAGCAGAGGUUCCCGAACCUGUAUGCCAUUUCAGUGCUCUCCGAUAUUCCUCAGUAUGUCUCACUGCCCCAAUACAUGCCCCUGCUGUCAAGGGAUGUUCAGGAAACGAUGCGGUUGUUUGAGCACCGUCGCAUGGUCGUGAACCGCGGAGCUUCGCAAAACACCAUUGAGCGAAACACGUUUCCCCACAAAUACAAAAAGAUUCCACGAAGUGGUGGUGACAGUGAGGACAACGUGGAGAAGUGCACCAUCUGUCUCAGUGAGUUUGAGGACAACGAAGAAGUCAGGCGUCUUCCCUGCAUGCACCUCUUUCACAUUGUGUGCGUGGACCAGUGGCUGACGACCAACAAGCGCUGCCCGAUCUGCCGUGUGGACAUUGAGGAACACCUCAAGGACUUCGGCACCUCCUCGUCAUGAUGCUAUGUCCCGUACGGAGCUGCAGGCACUGCAGCCACCACACUCAUUUCAGUGGCCUUUCCUUCCGUGUGUCCGGCUGCGUUUUUUAAUCUCAAAGAGUGAUGUUUUGUUUUGUUUGUUGACACCUUUGUACCCUUUUUGUCGCUCAUUCCUCGGUUCCGUGUUGAACUACUGUGCAGUAGUGACUCUACUGACAAUGCUAGUCUGUUCUUCCAGUAAAGCACGUGGCUCGGCUUGGUGUUGCAUCAAUAAUUACAAAAAUUGGGGCACAGCAAAAGAUAGAAGGACCUGUCCCCAACUUUCGUAUUGUGCUGUGCUGCCACUCUAGUGACUAUGCUCUUCUGUGAGGUACCUUUAUUCUCUCUUAGUCUUGAGAAAGAAAGCCUCUGGGGGGGUUCGUUUGGUCGAGGAGCAGGAGGUCAUAGACUGGGCACACUUGUUUUUGUUUUGUAGGUGCCAUUUUUUCCUGAUGUACCGAGUGCUGCAUAAAUAAGGAUGCCAGUGCACACAUCACUCUCUUGGGAAAAUCUUUGGCUCAUCUGCAGUCACAUUUUCAUUUGGCAAGGAUAUUUUGAAACUCGAAGCUGUGUACUUGUUCCUGCUUUUACAUUGGUCCUUCUAAAAGCAUCAUACGACAAAUGCUAACAGUGUCAAAGUGAGAUGUGAGGCAUCAAUAUGUAUGAAGCGUGAAAAGUGCUGUUAUUUAAUGAAAAUUUCUUUGUAUUCGAUUCUGUUUUGCCACUGCACAAUUCGGUUUAGAAGAACAACUUGUUGAGACCCAGCAAGCAUCACACUAAGCUGUGUGCACUGCCAAAUGCCACCCUUGCGCAAAGUCACAAAGUUAGCAAUUAAACAGAAGUAGUAGUUUGACUAUGGUGUUCUUAUUUAAGCAGUGUUGUGUACAUCUAGGAAUUUGAUUGCUAAGUUUGUGGUUCAUGUGGCUGUGAGUUCAUGUGGCAUAGGUUUUUCCAUUCCUAUCAUUCUCGGAUUGUGCAACUUUUUCACUUGCAUGUUUACUACGCACUUAGUGCAUGGUUUUUCCAAGUAACUAGAGAGUAUAGCAAGGGAACAGCCCGUGGGUUUGAUGGGACUAGCCUUGAAAUGCUCUUUAGGGAAAGCUGCUGACCUGCAAACUAGUUUUUGUAAGCUUUGUGUACAGGCAUAGGAAUUAUGUUGGCACGAUCUUGUUUGUGUAAGCAUUAAUUGUGUUUUCAUUCUCAAAGAUUGACAGCACUUAUAUUACGAUUGUGCGCUUUGUGUGAGCUGGAGUCAUUGUGUGGAGUCUGUGCGAGCUUCCAAUGUAUGUGCAUGCAAGUUGAUUGCAGCAGCCGAUGUCCGUUCUUCAGAUUCGAGCCAGAUUGUGUGGCUGUUGUUUGUUACCUUCGCAGAGAACAAACAGCACAAAACGUUUUGCUGUUUGCAGAAAUAGUCUACUUUCCACAGACCUAGGCAAGACGAGUCGGAAGGCCAGGAUCGAGCUGUUAACUAUGGAUAAUUUGCGCCACGUGAACUGCAGAAUUCAGCAGAAAUCAUAGUCAUUCAAACUGGUUUUUUUUUUUUUUCGCAGCAUGAUUCAAGAGUGACAUAUAUUCCAAACCUUUGCUUUCAUCGCUGUUCUGUUGUGUUGCUACUCUGUUUUUGAUUGUUUGUCUGCGGGGUUUGCAAAGCUGUUUUGCGUGAUUUCCAUAAGCCACUUUUGUUUGCAACUAGUGGAUGACUAUCUUCCACAAUUUUUCUUGCUAUUCGACUUGAGUCUUGAUCACAAUGCACUCGUCAUAUCAAUUUCGACUUUUGUUCUGUCUGCUGAAUUUUGUAAGUCUGUAGUUGCCAAAUUUGUUUUUGCAAAUCAGAAAGUGUUGUUUGUUUCCUGUGACGGUGCUUGUUAAGUUAGCAGAAGUGGUCUGAUUUUCUGAAAAUUCGGAAUAACUUUCAUAUUGCAAAUUCUGACCAUUUCAGUGAUAGUCUUUAGGAGUAUGUAGCAAAGCACUUGAAUGGCAUCUUGCACAUUUUUAUUACUUUGGGGUGUAUUCAUAGGUACUGUAAGUUGUGCUUUGAUAUUGGAUGCUUGGAAUCUGUUAGUGUGGGUGGGUUACAGGUGAUUGUUUCUGUGACUGUCCUGAAACAAGAGUGGCAAAUCUAUUCAAUGACUCAAGCGAUGUGUAUUUUGUUUGUAACUGGACCCGCAAAUUAUUUUGUUUUGCCUGACAUUUACUUAUGAACAAAGCAAGACUGUUUUCACGGGGCAUUAAGCAUCUACCAGUCAAGUAGUUAGUUUAGUAAUUGAUUGGUGCUUGCGCGAAUGCAAAUCGAAACACCACUGGUGUAUUGCAUCUGUAAAUCGACCUGGGAAAUGUUCAUAUUUUUAAUUUUACUGCAUUGUGACGCACCAGUAAGAUUUUCGUUCGUAACGCACCUUCAAGUAUGCAAUUGGGAUCAAUAAAGAGCAGUUUGAAAUGAAACAUAGGGUAUAUUUUCUGUCAACAACUUUUAGGUUUACUUAUCUUCGUUUGUUAUAGUUUUUUAUUACAUACGUUGUGGUACAUGGCAAUGAGCAUUUAGUUUUUGCUUUUUGCUUGUAUUAAAGAUGAAAAUAAAGAUGUAACAUCUGAGCAGGCCUGCGAUUUCUUUGAGUAUAACUACUGGGAUGAUAUGUUAGAGGAAUUCACUUAGUCGCACAUUGCUGGAACAAAGUAUGAAAGUACUUUUUUUAUACUCCAUAUUUUUAUAACCCUGCACUUGUAGACAGAUGAAAAAAAAA